AUCCGAAGGGACAGUCCAUGUUUCAUUCCUUGGGAACCUGUGUCUUGGCGAUUUUGACAGGAACCUCCCGAUCCUAAUCGAUGCGAGCAACUUAAAUCAUGUCCAGGUUCUCAUUAUUUUCAUUCCUUGGACAAAAGGUUGGUAAGACCUAUCGCCAUUCCACUGAACAUACCCUAGGACUUCACAGGAGACAAGACCUUUUCAUGAAACGGGUUUUAUCUGUAAUUUACCAAGAUUGCAAAGUGUCCAGGGAAGUAUAUUCACCUCCUACCGUUAAACGGGGCAAGUCCGCUCAUCGAUCCACCUCCGUAACCAAAGGCAUUCCAUUUCAAAAAACACUCCGUUCUCAACGGCCUGUCAAGACCUCUCUGUUACAUCGGGUCAGUCUCUCGAUGGCUAUUGCCGAACCGCUUCAAGGGUCCUAUAUGAUAUCUUUUAAGAACGGACCACUCUUUGUUCCAUCUGUUCUCGCCUCAAGUUCGAGCACUCGUCAACCAUUCUCCAGAAUAGCUGCCAGUGGGGAUCCUCGAUUGGCGGCAUACCUGCCGCAGCGGCCAUUGAAAUUGCUGAGACGCAGGAUUCAACACAGGAUCAGAGAGGGACGUUCGCAACUUGAGCACUGUAUUUGUUGUUGUUGCGGAGCGAGCUUCCAGAAACUAGAUACAUAUGAUGAGAUGCCGUACGGAGUGGGAACUAGGGGUAAAGCGGGGUUGGAUGUAGUGAGAGUGGGAGUGGGGAUGAAAUUCCGUUCACGGUUUUGAGGCCUUGUUAUAGGUGAGAAUGGUGGUUGGGGAAAAGGGAGAUGGUUUGUAGGAUCAGGU